AAUAAUAAAAAUAUCAUGGAUCAAGAGGUCUUUCUGAAAAAAUAAUGGUUUAUUAUGACACAUGAGGGAAAAAUUGAAUAAUUUUAUGAUAUCAAUUUAAAAAAAGUGAUUGGAUCUGGAACUUAUGGAAGUGUGGUGAAGGCAACGCUGAAGGGCACUAAGAAUUAGAGAGCAGUGAAAGUGAUCCCUAAAAGCAAGGUGAAAAACCCUGAUCGUUUCAAAAAAGAAAUUGAUAUAUUGAGAUAAUUAGAUCAUCCUAAUAUCAUAAAAUUAUAUGAAACUUUCGAGGAUCAAAGAAAUGUGUAUUUGGUGAUGGAGUAUGUUUUUGUAUGAAUUAUUAAGAUUAUGUGAAGGUGGAGAAUUGUUUGAUCGCAUAAUGGACAAAGGAUACUUCAGUGAAGCCGAGGCUCAUGAAAUCUUUCUUUAGAUAAUGCAAGUGAGAUUUGAAUCUUAAACUUUAGGCUCUGAAUUAUUGCCAUACAAAUGGUAUAUGUCAUAGAGAUCUUAAACCAGAAAACUUUUUGUUCUUGACAAAGGCUGAUGAUUCUCCAAUCAAAGUAAUUGAUUUUGGAUUGAGCACAUUGUUUGAAGAUCCAAUUAGUUAAAAAGCAUCUGGAAAUCAAAAAGUCACAAUGAAAACAAAGGCAGGAACCCCAUACUAUAUUUCACCAGAAGUCUUGAAGGGAAGUUAUGAUGAAUCUUGUGACAUUUGGAGUGCAGGAGUCAUUCUCUACAUCCUAUUAUCUGGAGUGCCUCCCUUUUACGGUGACAGCGAUCCUGAAAUAUUGGAUGCAGUACAAAAGGGGGAAUAUACAUUUGAAAUACCUGAGUUGAAAUCAGUCAGUGAAUCAGCCAAGGAUCUGAUUUCUCAUAUGAUAACAACACCAGAAAAGAGAUACAAGGCAUCCCAAGUGAUCUAACAUAAAUGGAUGAAGGAUGGCAGCAAAAAUACUAAAUGUAAAAUUGAUAGAUAAAUCAUAGAAUUGAAACUAAACUUUGGACAAUUAAAAAAUUUCAACGGCAGCAAUAAACUUAAAAAAGUAGCUCUUACAUUCAUAGCUUCUCAAUUGAACGAGUAGGAAAUUGCUGAUUUGGGAAAGUAUCCUAAUAUGUAUAAUUAGAUUGUUUAAAUAAUUGGAUAAGAAUGGGGAUGGAGUACUUACUAUAGAUGAAUUAAGAGAAGGGUUAAUUGGAAUGAGUGAUGUGUAAGCAAAGGAAUUAGGAAAUAUCAUAAAGAGCAUAGACACUGAUGGAAAUGGAACUAUCAAUUAUACAGGUAUUUACAUAUGAUGAUAAUUGUUAGAGUUCUUGGCAGCUACAAUGGAGAAGUCCUUGUAUAUGAAGGAGGAGAAACUAUACUAGGCAUUUAAGAUGUUAGAUUUAGAUGGAAGUGGAAAGAUUGACAAGCACGAGUUGCAGACUGUCUUGGGAAGUAUAUUAUUGUUGUUCAUUCUUUUUUAGAAAGUGAGAAAAUAAUAGAUGAAAAAUAUUGGGAUGAUAUGAUAAAGGAGGCGGAUAAGAAUGGGGAUGGAGAGAUCGAUUACAACGAAUUUAUUGAGAUGAUGGACAAGUUUAGUUUAAUAAAUUGAUCAAUUAUUUUAUUAUU